GGGUUUCUGCGCUUGCUGGUGGUGGGUGUGCGUCUUUUCGACUUCAGAACUUUCGUGUCAAUAGUAGUUAUUUUUAAAAAGAAUAUUAAGUAUAUUAAUUGUUAUUUAUCGGUGCUAGUUACUAAAAAUUUGUGUAUGCCUCUUUGUGUUUUAGUUUAUAUAAGUUAAGUGUGAAUUAAUAAUUAAACUAUAAAUAUUUUGGUGUUUAAAAAUAAGACGAUUCUAAAGUCAUUCCGAAGGCGUGCACCAUGGACAAAUCAGAGAAAUCGUUUCCGAGAAAUUUUCUAGGCUGUCUAACAUGUGUGCAAGUACUGAACAUCAUGGUGCUGCUGGGCUUCAUGUUGAACUACGCUCUCCGCGUGAACCUCACCAUAGCUAUCGUCGAGAUGUUAUACGACGUUAACGACAACCAGACAGCGAUCUUGAACGUUACAGACUCGCUCAAUGUUACAGAGCAUCCAGAGCAUAUCGAGCAGACGCGGUACCAUUGGGAUACGAAACAGAAGAAUCUUCUAUUGGGUUGCUUCUUCUGGGGCUAUGUACUCACAGAACUACCAGGCGGUAGAUUGGCAGAGAUCGUUGGCGCCAGGCGAGUGUUCGGCUACAGCACGCUCUUAGCCAGUGUCCUGACUCUCUUGACACCCAGUGCUGCCGCGAUAGGCUUCGGCUGGGCUGUGGCUGUCAGAGUCCUCCUCGGCUUCCUGCUUGGAGCCACGUGGCCGGCGAUCCUACCCAUGGCAUCGAAGUGGAUUCCACCAAAUGAUAGAUCUAAAUUCAUGUCUAACAUGAUGGCCUCGUCGCUUGGUGCUGCCAUUACGAUGCCGAUCUGUGGUUUCCUCAUCGCGCACUUCGGAUGGGAGUCGGCUUUCUACUUCACUGGCCUCAUCGGCGCCAUGUGGUCGGUGGCCUGGUUCGCAGUGGUCUACGACACGCCAGCCGACCAUCCCCGGAUCUCGGAGGAGGAGAAGAACUACCUCAUGGAAGUCCUGCCGCAGGACAACACAAAGAAGAAGGGGCAUAUGCCGGUACCAUGGCGCAGCCUGCUGACCUCGCCACCGGUGUGGGCCAUCAUCCUUACGCACGCCACCUCGGUCUUCGGCUACUUCACCGUCGUCAACCAGUUGCCCACCUACAUUGAGAGCAUCCUGCAUUAUAACAUUAAACAUAAUGGUCUCCUGUCAUCCCUGCCAUACUUGGGCAAGUAUUUGUGCGCGCUCGCGUCUUCCGUUCUGGCGGACUCGCUGCGCAAGAGUGAGAAGCUCUCCACCACCGCUACCAGGAAACUGUUCACCGGCUUCGCUGUUGGAGUUCCAGGUAUUAUGAUGUUGGCGCAAGCGUACUUCGGCGAGGACCGGGUGUGGUCCAUCGCGAUCUUCACGUUGGCGCUGACCAUCAACGGCAUGGUGACCGCUGGCUACCUCGGCAACGGUCUCGACAUCGCGCCCAAUUUCAGUGGAACAAUCUUCGGCUUGGCGAACACACUGUCUUCAUUCGGCGGCUGGUUGUCCACGUACAUGGUUGGAGAGCUCACCAAGGAAAACAACACCGUCGAUCAAUGGAGGAUAGUGUUCUUCAUUCUCGCUGGUACGUACGUAUUUGGUGCGGUGACCUUCGUCACCCUCGGAUCUGGUGAACUCCAGCCAUGGAAUAGCCCGAAGGAAGUGGCCAGGGAGGAGCACGAGGUGGAACCGCUGAAUGAGGAGAAGGCGUGAGGCUCUAGUUAGGAUCAAGGAGUGUCAGAUAUGUCAGUUGUAAAUUAUUUGAACGAAAAGGUAAAAAUUAUGAUGGGGCUGCCAAAUGAGAAAGUCGAGGAUAAGUGGUAUUGGUAUUCCACUCCGAUGUGAUCCCGCUUGUUGUGGGUUCGAAUCCAGUGACAUAAAAUUAUAUUAUUAUAUGUCUAUUUAAUAAAAUUUUUUCAGUGAUGGAAAAUACCUUGAAAAAUAUCACUGGUUAUUUAAUAAUAAAAAAUGUUGGUCUGUAAGAGAUUGCCCUAGCGAUAAGACCGCCUUUUGUACCUUAAUGUGUAUAUUUCAAUCUGUAUUUAUGUUACUGUAUUUCACUUGAAUUAUUCAAUUGUCAUUGUAUAUUUUUGUUUAUGGUGCAAUAAAAUGUUAAAUAUAAAUAAAUACAAUUAUUUUGUUUAAUUCCGCUACCAUUGGUAUUUAUGUGACUGGCAACACUCGAAGAUUGGCCAACACUAUUACUAUCAGAAGUUCCACAACCUUCCAUAUUAGCUAUCAAUCUUCGACUGUCAUUUUGUUCGCGCAUAUUUUGCAAAACACUUGUUUACUUCACCUCUAAACGAGCCAUCUUCAGGCAAAUUAUUAAUGCUGCUCGGAGCCUAGGGCCUAUAACCGUUGGGCGCUUCAGUCAUUAUUUGCAGUUUGAGUGGCCAGUUUCAAGUGUUGCCAGUCACACAAAUACUAUAGUAGUAAUAGUAGCGGAAUUAAACAAAAUAAUUCUGAUCAAUUAACCAGUGAUAUGGACUUACGCAGGAUAACACCUAAGUAAUAAUCAUAAUAAUAAUUAGUUUUUUUUUAUGCAACUUAGAAUGGCAAACAAGCUGUGACGGCCCACUUGAUGGAAAGUGGUAACCGUCGCCUAUUUUUUUUUUUGUAUUGUUAUAUUUUUUAUGGAACUCUUAUUCUACAUACUUCUUAUCAUACAUAUUUGUAUAUCUAAGUAGAUACACGUUUGUUACAAUUACUUUAUGGCCAGAUACUGGUAGAUAUAUAUAUUUUUUAAUUUUGGUUUAAAUUAUCCUAAAGCUCAACAUUGUUUACAAUUGGCAUACUGACCAGAAGAAUUUACGUUUUGUUCAAGUACUUAAAUGUAUAAACGUGAGUAUUUCCAAAAAGUAUUUUGACAAAACUUGAAUUUGUAGCCUCCAAAGUUUUGAUUAUUGAAUCAAAAUGUUUAGUUUAAAUAAUUAAUUUUACAUUACAAAUAAUUCUAUAUCUAUGUCCGCAGUAAUAAAAAAAAAUUGCCAAAUAUUUUAAAAUUCGAACACGGAUUUCGCUAUAUAGACUAGCGGAUAUUUUAUAAAUUUAUUUGUUGUGUUAAAAUUGAAUAUACCAAUUAUUAGAGUAAACAAAAUAUAAUAUUGUCAACAUGGAUUUAUUCAGAAAUAUUUCAAUUAUUUGUAAGGUCGUCAAUCCGAGAGAUACCGGUAAACUCGCCUUUACAACGUUGUAUUUAAACAUUAUCGGUGAACGCUCUUUACACCAUAAUAUAUAUAUACGACUCAGUGAUACCCCAUAAAAGAUUGUAGUCAUGAACAUUUUAACGAUAUAUGAACUCUUUGGUCUUGGGUAGUAUGCGUCCAUAAUGCCUUAUCUCAAGUUAUUUGCAAUAUUAUAAUAUAUGUUUACUCUAAUAUUGGAUGUAAAAAAAAUAAUAAUAAAAAAAAAAAACUCAAAAAAAGGCUGUUAUUUAUAACGAAUGUGAUUUAUAAUGUAACGUGCCGGCAUGCGCAAUGGACACUCGGCUUAUGAAACUAGGGUUGCCAACUUGCAGAUGCAAUAAAAAAAAAUUAAAUUAUAUAUUUUCAUUUAAUAUUUAACAUUCAACUCAAUGUGUCAUACAAUUAAAUAUUGUAUGGCGCAUUGAGAAAUGGGUCAACGCGUAGAUACGUACUUUUAAUUUGUAAUACAGUGAUGUGCAAUCCGCUUUUUUGGUUUUAAAAUAGAUACCCUAUUUUGAUACUUGUUUUUUUGUGUAAUCGAAUUAUCUACAUCGAAUACUCGAUUUUGCGAGUAAUUACUGAGUAUUCGAGUCAGUAUAUCGACUAAAGAAGUUAGACUUACUGAGUACAUUAAAAGGAGUGAUUGGUUUAAGACCUUGUUAAGAAAACGUAGAACUUAUUGCGAUUCAAAAUGUGAGACGUAAAUCUUAGAAUUACAACAUACGGUGAGGUAUGGAAGCGUUUAAAAGAGAUCAUCAUAAUAUAAGAUACGCGAAAUACUAGAAAUACACAUAAGCAUAUCGUAUGUAGCGUGAUGUAAAUUGAUGAAGUAGGUUAUAGGCCCAGUUUACAUUUGGCCAACGCGUUGACGGGCUUAUGCGUAAGGAUACCAUAAACUACAUCUGGUAGGCCUAUUACGCGCUGUCUAAGGUGUGCAUUCAUUUUAUACACAUAUAAUCUCUCACUAAACGCGCUUAAAGUUCAGCCUCUCGUUGAACGAGGUCUCAUUGGUUGGCAGUUGGUAACCCUAACUGUAAUGGUGAUUCAUACGGAAACCCGACUCGCACUAAGAGAAAAUCUAGAUAUAAGUCCCAAGAAAUCUUUAUAGCUAGUUUUGUUGGUCUUACUAUUACGCUUUUGGUAAAAUAUAAUAUGCUAGGCUCUUAGGUUCUUGACCCAAUGAAAUUUUAAAAUGAAACUUGUUUAAUAUUGAAAAAAAAAAAUAGGUCAUAAAACGGUCCAUUUCGCGUGGCGCUAUUAAUAUUUCUAACAUUCCACAAUAGUUGAACGUUUGGUAAAACGAAGCUAGUUCUAGUUAUGUUUUAAAAAAUAUAUCAAAUUAAUUUCAUUGGGUCUUCUUAUAAUGAAUGAUAUUACACAUUAUAAGGUAACCUACGCAUUGAAAAUCGUACUGAUAGUUGUGAUUUUAUAGUUAACGGGGACCAAACUUGGGGACAACAAAAUUUAUUGUACGUACGUAUAAUUCUUAGGUAUAAUUAUAAUGAUCAUGUCAUUCGUACAAUAGGUAAAAAGGGCGGGAAAUAUGAGCGGGAAAUGGAAUUUAAACUUUUUUUUUAAUGAAUUGAAAUUAAUUGUGCAUGUAAAAUUUUUAAUUUUAGAAUGUUGCCCUUGAAUAAAAUUUACAAAUAUUUAGUAUACGUAAUAGAAUCUACUUAUCUUUCAUACUGUCCUCGUUUUUUCACCACGUAACCGAGGAAGUUUUUAUUAAGUAUGUAUUUUGUAUAUUAUUUGUAAUGAUUACUUACUGUAACGCAUAAUAAUUUUAUUAUAUCUUGCAACCUCCUACAAAUCUUUAACUAUUACAAUGUUUUGUCACUUUCGUUCAAACUGAGAGUUUAGCACAAAAGAAGGAGACAACACAGUUAAAUAGCGAAAAUAGGUUUGUAGGUGGCUUUUAAUUUUUAUGAAUAAGGGCCUAAAGUUUAAUCAAUUUUGUAAUAAUUUCUAACAAUUUAUAGGUAUGUACAAUAAAACUAAAUAGGUUUCUUGAUUAUUUACAAUUAUUAAGUAAUUAUAUUAGUAUCAAUUAUUAUUUAUUUUUCUAUUUUGUCGCGUGUUUAGGAAAUUAUAAAGCCAUUCUACGUAGUUGUUCACCAGUGGAAUUGAAGACACAUGACCAUAGGCAAUUCUCUAAUUUUUACCAUAAGAAAUAGAUAUUAAGAUUAUGCCAUGUUGCAAUUAGCUUUAUUACAAGGGACAAUGCAUUGUUACUGUGCAUUUUGACAGCUGUGAUAAAGAGGCUUGUCUAUGGCCCUACCUGUACUUCGUUAGUGCCUAAAUUAUUACUUUCUCAAUUUUAUUUUUGGAAUGAUACGAUAUUUUACAACGGCUAUUAGUAGUUCCUAAAUUACGAUCAGUAUUUAUUGACUAUUUUUUCAUUAUUAUUAUUUUUAUUUCCAUAGACAAUAUGCGUGCAUGUUAUUGUAAUCAGGGUAAAAAUCCAUAGAGUACAUUUUAAUAUAAAUAAAAGUUGUUAUAAAAAAUAAUAUUGGUUAAGCAGGAUUGUCUGUGGAAAUCGUAACAAAAAGUAUUUUUGUUUGUAUGAAGGGAUUGUGGUCUAUAACAGAACAUAAUCUCUCUUAAUCUGUAUCCAAUUAUUUUUUAUUUCUAAUUAAAAUAUGUUUUAUAGUGGUUUUACAUAAAUAUUCUAAGUAGAAAAUUAAAAUGGUUGUCUAGGAACAGAAUAAUAAUUAAUUUAUAACCCAUCAUUUAGAUUAUUUAAUUCCAACAUAUAGAAAUAAUUAUUAAGUUGGCAAGUUGACGUGUUAGUUUUAUUAAAAACUGGUUCAUGUUCAUAUAGUCAAGUAGCAAAUAGCUUUAUUUCUGCAGUUUGUUAGGUGAUUUCAAGAGUUUAAAUUACUAAUCCAAAACAGAGUAUAAAUUUAAAGGUAAAUCGCACCACUCAUUCAAAACGUUUAAUACUUUCCAUUGCUAUUAAAUUAAGUAUUGUUCUUACAUCGAAUAAGUAGGUAUAUAGUACUAAUUAAAAAUAAUUGAUACCUACUUAAUUCUUUUUUCAAAUCACGUAAAAUUCGAAAUAUUUCUAUUAUAUGUCAACGAAACGGCAUUAACUUGUUUUCUUUCUAUAUUUACAAUAUUAAUUGUGUGAUUGGCAAUAAACAAACCAUUAACAAUUUUACCGAGUGACGAUUAUGCAGCAUGUGUGUGUGUGUGUGAGUGAGAAGUGUGUAUUUAUGGCAAUGUUAUGGCAUACUACCGUAUAUAUGUAUAAUUCAUGUGGAAGGAACAAAUUGUUAAUAUAGAGACAUUUCUCUUCGUUUGUGAAUUAUUAUUGAAAAUAAAGAUUUUACUAGAAA